AUGGCGGUGCUCAAUGCGUUAUCCCCGCCAACCAAACCUCUACUGCUUGCGUCAUCCUCGGAGCAGAUUUCCUAUUUUUUAACUAAUAACGACGGCGCGAGCUCGCGUUGUUCGCACAGAGCUAAGCAAAGAACUCAAACAGCGAAAUCGAAGCUGUACGCGAUGCAAUCCAACACAAAUUCAUCAGGUAUUGGAUUUUCAUGGCUAAAAGACACCUCUUCUAAUGGCAACACAAUUAUUAGUCGCAUAAAAACCGAAGGUCCAUUGCAUUCUGUGUUCCCCACGAAACCAGCUGAAGUCUCUUCUGUAAAAGACCUUUUUGAAUUUAUAUGCUCGGGUCCUCUUAUGGACAAAGUAGGCCUAACCCCAGAGAAAGUGGCUGAAUCAAUUGAUAAGUGGGUGUUGUGCGGAUCACAGCUUUGUAGAUUGUUUCAGCUCAAUGAACUUUAUCUCACGGAGCCUCAGAAAGUUCGGUUAUACCAUUAUUACAUACCGGUUUUCUUGUGGUGUGAGCAGGAAAUCUCGAAUCAUAAUUAUAAGUUCAAAGAUGGAGAAGAUGUCCCCCCUUUGGUGAUUGGAUUUAGUGCACCACAAGGUUGUGGCAAAACAACACUCGUUUUUGCAUUGGACUUCCUUUUCCGAAUCACUGGGAGGAAGACUGCAACUAUAUCCAUUGAUGAUUUUUAUCUCACAGCAGAGGAUCAGGCCAAACUGAGAGAAAGCAAUCCUGGGAAUGCACUUUUAGAGUUACGUGGAAAUGCUGGUAGUCAUGAUAUUGGGUUGUCCAUCGAGACAUUGACAGCCUUAAGCAAAUUAACUAAAGAAGGCACAAAAAUGAAGCUGCCUCGGUAUAACAAGUCUGCGUAUAAUGGUAGAGGUGAUCGAGCCGACCCUUCAAAGUGGCCAGAGGUGGAGGGCCCACUGACUGCUGUUCUAUUCGAAGGCUGGAUGCUCGGUUUUAAGCCAGUGCCAGUUGACGUUGUGAAAGCAGUUGAUCCACAGCUUGAGAUCAUCAAUAAAAACUUGGAAGCUUAUUAUGAUGCGUGGGACAAGUUCAUCAAAUCAUGGAUAGUAAUCAAGAUUCAGGACCCCAGUUAUGUCUAUCAGUGGCGUUUGCAGGCUGAGAUUGCCAUGCGAGCUGAUGGAAACCCGGGAAUGUCUGAUGAGGAGGUUCUUGAUUUUGUUUCAAGAUACUUGCCAGCAUACAAAGCAUAUCUCCCUACUCUCUAUGCUGAAGGGCCAAAUGGUGCCGAUCCUAACCAUUUGCUCGUUGUCGAUAUUGACGAGGGCCGAAACCCAAUUCUCGGUAAUUAG